AUGUUUGACAGAGAAAAAAGAGAAUGCGAUUUUUCAAUUGGUUCAACUCCAGCUGAAGUUGGUCCGGGAAAAUAUGACUUGGAUGGUAAACGAAAGAAAAUAAAAGGAAAGUCAAAUGCUUCGUUCGGCAUUUCCUCCGAGCGAACUUCCGCCCUGCUCGCUCCAACCUUCAGCCCCGGGCCUGGGACUUACCUUCCCAAAUCCCAAUUCGACAAGAUUCCGGGCGGCAAGAUCGCUUUUCAAAACGGCCCUCGACUCGCUUACACAGGCUCUGUUGAAAACUCGCCGGCGCCAGAUGCGUAUUUCAGCGAUGAAACGCUUAUCGCGAAGAAAAUUGAAAAGUCAGCGACGAAAAAAGAGGUGAAAAAGAUUGGGGUUGUGUUCAAGGCGACUGUUGAUCCGCCGAGUAUUCCUACAGCGAACUAUAGCUUCGGAUACGAAGUCAUCUCUCCAUCAAUGAUAAAACAACAGCCACCACCGAGGAAAGAUCAGACUCUUGGUCCAGCAUAUUACUCGCCGAAAUUGCACUCACUUCGAGAGGCUCAAGGCUCAAGAUGGUCGAAAAUGUCCGAAUCAAGAAUUCUAGAAAAGAACCCUCAGUUCCGAAUCAAUAUGUCAACUCCUGGAAUACCAGAAGAAGAAGAAGAUGAGGAUGACAUCACUCAAGUCGUCUUCAAACCAACUUUUGGAAAACAACCUCGCUUCGCAGAAAAAACUGCUGAAAGUCCUGCUCCAUCAAAAUACAAGCUUGAGAGGUUCGGGGACAAAGUUACAGUCGACUGCCCUUCAUCAGCUUUUCACUCAAAACUCGAUCGGUUCAAGGCAAAGAUUCCCGAAAAUCCUCCUGUUGGCUCAUAUGAUCACAGAUCACUUCUUGAAGAAAAAACUUCAUUCCGACAAAAUGCUGACAAAGCACCAUUCGACAGCUCCUCGGUUCGAUUCAGGCCGAAUUUUACCUCUCGCGACCUCGGUCCGGCUACGUACAAUCCUCCAGCAAACUCGUUUUCUCUCGCUUCUAUUCGGGAUGCGAUACGGUCGAAAACAAUCAAGGGCGGCUUCGGCAGCAAUUCUGAGCGAACUUAUUCUUAUGCUCGAUCGAAAUCGACGAAUGAUAUUCCGAGCCCUGGGCCAGGAGCAUAUGACAUUGGAAAGGCAAAACCGAAGCAAAUCACAACAGGAUCAAGCUCUUUUUCAUCCCUUUCAAAUCGAUUCUAUUCAAUGAAAUCUGAUGCUCCGCCACCGACUAGCUAUUCGGUUGACUAUCAUUCAAUAAAAUCUGAGGUGAUCAAAGGAAGAAAGAAGAAAGCUUUCUCAUCUUCAGUCUCAAGAAAAAAUAUUUUUCCAGCUUCUGAUGAUGUCCCAGGACCUGCUGAUUACUUGAUCAAUUCUGAAAGACCGACUGGUGGGGAGUUUUCCAAGCUGAUCAGAUUCAAGCCUAACAAGCGAUUUACUCCCUCCCCAUCAACAUACCCGCUGAACGCGAUCGAAGAAAGCUCAACACUUUUGAAAAAGAGCUUCAACAAAAAACUCGGCUCUCGACCGGCUCCGAUCAUCAUCCGAGAAGAGCUGACAUCUUCAGAUAUUCCUUCCAACAAUUUGCUAAUAAACACUGUGGCAUAA